AUGUACGUUGCUGAUUUUCGGAUUGAGGUGAAGUUUGAAAAUUACCAUCAUGAGAUAUAUAAGAUCUCUGACUACAGCAAUGAUGUUAAUGGGGAGACCAAAGAAACACAACCAGUUUUUUUAGGAGAUGAAAGCCGGGAAAUUAAAAAACAAAUUACAGGGAUGAGAAGAUUACUGAAUGACAGCACUGGAAGAAUCUAUCAACGAGUUGGCAAAGAAGGAGAAAAACUGAAGGAGGAGCCCCAAGAUUUAGACUUAGCUUGGGCCCAGCGCCUGAACCCCCCUGCGGAGUCCCAGGCGAGCCUUCAUCCUUCACAGAGUGGCACGUGGAAUGAAUUAUCACCCCAAGCGAGCCAUUUUCCAGGGCAAUAUGGAACUCGGUCCAAAACGUUCCAAAAUCAAACGCGAACCGUGGCAUCCAAUGGAGAAAUCCCAAUGGUGAACUCCUCAAUUGGACCAAACUGCUGUACGUGUAACUGCCAGUCGACCCUGCAGGCUAUUCUUCAAGAGCUCAAGACCAUGCGAAAGCUCAUGCAGAUUCAAGCAGUUGGGACUCAAAACAGACAGCAGCCUCCUGUUCCCCUCAUUUGCACGCAGAAGUCAACAAUAUCAAGAAAGAGAAAUAAAAAGAAAAAACUGCCCCUCAAAACUGUUGAACCAAUUCCCAUGAAUAAGAAACCCAACGCUGCGGAGAACGAGAGGAAGCUAUCGGCAAACUCAGAACGGUCGAGUCCGCAAGCAGUUGAACCCCCCUUAAAACCAGAAACCCCUGUUUCAGGAUUUGGAAUUAUCCUUGAAUCUGCUUCAUCAGAUCCAGAAGUGCAACUUGCGGAGGGCUUUGACGUCUUCAUGCCGAAAUCUCAGCUGGACUCUAUAUUAUCAAACUACACUCGCUCAGGAAGUCUGCUCUUUAGGAAGCUGGUCUGUGCAUUUUUUGAUGACAAGACUUUGGCUAACUCUUUACCAAACGGCAAAAGGAAAAGAGGGCUCAAUGACAACCGGAAAGGACUAGACCAAAAUAUUGUGGGUGCAAUAAAAGUCUUUACAGAAAAAUACUGCACUGCUAACCACGUGGAUAAACUUCCUGGUCCUAGAGACUGGGUCCAGAUUCUUCAGGAUCAAAUUAAACUUGCAAGAAGACGAUUAAAAAGAGGCUCAGCAGAGGCAACUGACUGUGAUGAGAAGCCGGACAUUUCUCUACUACAAACAGGUAGCCUUUUCGACACCACAACGGAUCAUCUGAUAGACGCCAACCCAGAUUUUUCAGCUUGAAUUUCCCACCCUGCAUUGGUGUUUUUAGCAGAUAGAGACCUCCUCUCCUUCGAAGGACGUUGCCACCAGCCCGGCAGGAGAACACCACCGACCCACGAGGCGUGGACGUCCGUGCUCUUACCCCUUCCCAGUUUGUGUUGUGUCAUGCCUUUUCCAUGUAACCUCAGCUAACGAAACCGCCAGAUUGCUUCACUCUUCCUCAUCUUAAUUAAAGACGAUUUCCCUCCGUAUCCAAUGCAUUAUUUAAUUAGCGGGGUAUCCACUCUGAAGACGUUCUCUUGCCUUUGUUUUUUUCCUCCACGAUUGUAUUUUUUUCCACGUGAUUGUACGCUUUGCCAGCAGUGUUUUGUCUUAAGCCACGCGGAGGUGAAUACGCAGCCGGGUGACCCUCCCUGUCCCUGGGGACUGGGGUGGCAUCUCUUUCCAUCAGGGCUUGAGGAGCGUUUGACUGGACGAAGCUCUUUGCUUCUGCAGACCCGCUGCCGUGGGACCAAUGACCAGAUUAAAAAGCCCUGGCUGGAUUUAGCAGGAAAUAAAGCAGGAUUCCUCCCAUCGGUGCCUGGUUUCCUAAUUAUAGCAAGGAGAAGCUAUUCCUCAAACAGUUUCCCCUCCGUGGUCCUAGCGGGAUGGCUCCCGAGCAUCUUGGUAGUGCAGAUUGCUGGAGGUGGUCACUGUCCCCUUGCUUUGCCCCCACCCCCAAGCUGGCCCUGCCACCUCAAUCUCAAAAUAUAUCAGUUUGCUGAUUUCCAGGAAGAGGGUCUGCACGCUGGGAUUUUUCAACCGCUGCCCUUGGCGACAAUAUUCACCUAUUUUAAAAAAAAAAAAUAUAUAUAUAUAAAUAAAGUCACCUUUUGACUGGCACUCUAUUGAUAUUUCAGCAGUUGAGAUGAGUGAAUCGAUCAAGAA